AUGUCUGGAAACCACGUCAUCGGAAACAGGAACAGCACACCCGAGGCUAACAACACCUCAACCUUGCGACCGCCAUCUUCGAGAGCCGUUGGGUCCGGGCAUUCUCUUCGUGCCUCAGCCGACAUGGCGUCUCUAACUGGCCCUUCCCCUUCUAGCCGCAUCCGACCGUCCUCCGAUUUCUAUGGCCAGGCUCAACAAAACCUUGGCCCAAACAAUGCUGAGUCGGACUCUCAGGAUAAGAUUGCUCAAAAGUGGAUUGCCGACAUCGAUCAGUACGAGACGACAUUGGAGGAGAUGGCUGCUGCUACCCUUGACCAGGAUUUCAAGGACGAGCUCAGCGCCAUCGAGCAAUGGUUUCGAGUUCUGAGCGAGGCCGAGCGUACCGCCGCUUUAUAUGCCUUGUUGCAACAGACGACCCAGGUCCAAAUUCGCUUCUUUAUUCAGGUGCUCCAGCAGAUGGGUAAGAAUCAUCCCAUGUCAGGGGUUCUGUCCCCCGCUAGCUUCGACAAAGAUCCAAUGUCCAACCGUCUGAGCGAUGCUAUGAACAAGCUGAAUGUCGAUUCUGCCCGCAACUCCAUGGCUCGCAACUCGGUUAUUGCUCCAUCGACCAAACGACACUCGGGGCUUGAUCCGUCUACCAUCAGCGCCAUGUUCCCGGAUGCUGCGGCUGCCAUUGCAACGGAAAAGGCCAAGUUCACUCAGCAGACUGGAAACCCGCCAUCGUCGAACCGAAACAGUGCGGCUUUAGACCAUCGCUCAUCCAUGGCUGCCCCAUCCAUCAGCGCUCCCCAGGACAGUCGCGAUGCCGGACCUGCUAGUUCUUCGCCUUGGAACAGUGGCGGGAACGUAGACUCAUCUGCCAAAGCGCCUGGCCAGCCGCCUAUGGGCCAAUUCGUUCAGCCUUCACCUUCGGGUGGAUUACGCUCCCCGCGUCCUCAGAUGUCAAGUGGCAACGCGAUCCAGCAGACGACCCUCAAUGCCCCUGAGAAGAAUGCUGCGGAUCUACCGUUACUUUCACCAUACAACGCUGGCAGUGGUAACUGGGCUUCCAUGGUCAAUACGCCCAUGACAGGUACCUUCAACACUGCCAAUACUGGAGGCAACCAAGCCGACAUGAUUGCGAAUGCCACCGCCAUGAAACUUGCAGCCUUGUCCACUGUCAAUAACCGAUUUGCUCUGGAUGACGUUCGCAAAUACCGCCGUACUAGAUCUAACGACGGUACACCUGGCAAUGGCCAGCAUCCCGGCUCUGCUGUUUCGCAACAUGGGAUCAAUCUACCAAACGCCAACGUUGUCAUGAUAAAUGAACAUGGGCAGGUGCUUAGCCGCGAGCAGCUUAUGGCCCUUCAAGCACAACAAAACAUGGGAAUGGGUGGUCAGCGUUCUCGCCCAAGUUCCCCUGGGCUUGCUAUGCAGCCCGGACUGCCUCAUAUGGCCCCGUUCACCUCGCCGCAAAACAAUGGAUUCCUUAGUGCAUAUGAUGUAUCCUCGCCCUUGAUGACCGGUGGUAUGCAGUCUGUCAACCUGAGUGGUCUUGGUAUGGGUGGCCAUGAAGGCUACUUGUCUGACCAUUCUGAUAUGACUCGUGGCAGAUCCCCUCGCGGGCGACGAGGUAGCUCCAAGCCCCCUGAGGAUCCUACCGACCCAACGCUUUUGCAAGAUAUUCCCAGCUGGCUUCGAAGCCUUCGUCUUCACAAGUACACCGACAACCUUAAAGACAUGAAAUGGACAGAUCUCGUUGAGUUGGACGACAAGGCCCUGGAAGAACGGGGCGUGAACGCUCUUGGUGCACGUCGAAAGAUGCUCAAGGUCUUUGAGCAGGUCAAAGAAGCUAAAGCCGAUGGAAAACUGAACUAG